ACACUGAAAAUCUCAGGCGCGGGCGUCUACGAGUCCAAAUGCUACAGUCUUGGAAUCGUGCCGUCCACCCAAGUGCUGCGAAACCUGAAGAAGGAAAAUGCGUACAUGGAUCAUUGCAGAUUUGGGCGGGAAGGCGCCGAGGCCUUCGGUUGUGUGAUGGCUCUGAACAACGUCAUCAAAAGGCUGUCAUUGGUAGACUGCUCUCUGGACUCGAAGGCAAACGAUGUCCUGGAGAAACUUUACUUGGAUGGAAAUCCUCUCGGAGAUUCUGGGGCUCGCCACUUGAUGCACGCGCUAAGGGAAAACAAGUCUGUCAAGUUCCUUGGGCUUCAGGGAAGCAACAUGACCUCAGCAGUGGUGGAAGGCCAAGCACACGCCGCGCAGUUCAAUCCUGCCUGUCCCGAUGGAAGCUACGAGCUGGAUCUCAGCGACCAGACAGAGAGAGCAGUGGCUGUUCAGUUGUGCCAGCUUGACAACGCUGCAGAUGACGAUUUCAUGCGAAAUGUCAAACUGGACAAGCAAAGCAUAUCAAGCAUAAAAGCCCUCGAUUGGCCUGACAGGUUGCCGACUGUGGGGACCCUCACUGUGGACUACGUCACUAUAAAGACCCGCCGCGUCAUGCACGUCAUCGACCAGAAGAAGCUCGCUGCGCUGGAGGCUCAGUUCUGCAAGCCGGCCAUGUCCGACACGGAGCGCUCCAGCCUUGUCAGCAUGUUCGCUCCCUACCAUUUCUUCCUGUGUCAUCAGAUUGGCCACAUGCUACAAAGCUUCACGCUGGGGGAUGAGAGGGUGGACGCCGCCGUCGUUCUAUUCGCCCGGGCCGUCGACACGGACGUGCACCUGAAUGCACUUUUGGAGCCCCUUCACGAGCGGGAAAGGCGUCAGUUCUUGCAGCUACUAGGUUUCUAUGCCUACUAUGUGUUCACGAAUCCAACAGGACAUUACGAACUGAAUUUGACCACGCCGGCGCACAGGCACAUUGCAAACCGAAUCAAGGACGCCGCACUCGCGGAGCCAGAGAACCUUGUGUGGAAGAACAUCGUGUUCGACAAAUAUUCAGAGCAGACUAGAAUAUCUGGAAGUUACGGCCCACCCGAAAAGUGGAAAACUAUCAUUCCUUCGGUUGGGUCGCUUUCCUUAGACUACGUUUCGCAUGAAAGUCUUCCGGAAGUGCGUUCGCAGCUCAGCCCUCAAAGAGUUGAGGCAGCCGUGGUGUGCUACGCCAAUAUCGUGGACAAGGAAAAUUUCUGGCAGGUGCUGUACGCCCUCAAGGGUAUAGAACAAGCAACGGCCGCCUUACGCUUGGGCCCUCUCACUGUCUUCAAUCCAAAGCACGCCUCCAUUCAUUGGCUGUUGGAUUUCAGUCAUCCCUCGCACGAAGAAGCUGCAAGGAAAUUGGUUGGCGUGGCCUCCAGUGAUCAGGAACUGCCCAAUUUAUGGAACAUCAGGCUUAAUGGUCGACGAAGACAUAUACCGGAGAACAACAACAUGUGGGCGGUGCUGAAGACGGACACACGUACCCCCAUCCUUGAAUUUGACUUCCUUGGGGCGGACGCCUGGGAAAAUUACGGCAGCGGUAUGAAAGAAGAGGGGGACAUGACAGGAGGGGAGAAGUUGGAGUUCCGCAAACGCCAGGCGCAGAGACUGGAGACCAUACGGUUGAAGCAGUUCUAUCCAUACUUUCCGGACGACAGCGGCUACAAGGCGCCAGAGUGGCAAACAAGGCGAGCACUGAUGAAGCCCCUGCUGGAGAAGUCCCCCUGGCUAGCAGUCUGGGACCGGCAGGUUCGGAAACUGGUCAGGCUGGCCAUUCGGAUGGGGGAAUUGCAGGGAUGCUCGCCGUUGGACGAUGUGUAUGACCAGCACACAAAGGGAGACUUGAUGACUCUGGCGGAACUGGCACAGGUGACCAAGAGUAGUGGCUACACCCGAGCAGAGGCUGCACACUACGAGAAUCUCUUCAUGGAGGUCAUGAAAGAACAAGAUGGUUGGGAUGACGAGGGUGAGGAAGAGGAGGAGGAGGAUGACGAGGAGAGGGGCGUUACAUAUGACGAGUUUGUGUGUAUCUUCAUGACUGAGCCUCCUAGUGUCCAAGACCCAACACAGUGGAAGAACCUCCUGGUACCAGCAUUGGCUAUGAGCCAAGAAGCCAAGACCAAGCCAAAGAAAGCAGGAAAAGUGUGA